AUGUCGCCGGUUCGCCACAAACGGUCGCUCUCUACCUCUCUCAUCGUAGCACGCGCGAUAGCCGUCGCACUGCUUGCGACUGUACAGGGAAUCGCUCGAGCCGCCCCCGGGACUGCAGGAGGAUGCACAAACUACAGCCAGGGAACCUGGGUGCGCGAUAACAGCCGACCCGCUUACGACGCCAGCACCUGCAAGUACAUGGGAGUGAGCAACUGCAUGAAGCAAAGCGGGCGAUCGAAAGACUGGCUGUAUUGGUCCUGGAAGCCCAAUGGGUGCCCUGCGAAUGGCAUGCGCUUUAAUGCACCAGGUUUCCUCAAACUGAUGAAGAACAAGGUGUUUGCGAGUGUGGGCGAGUCCAUCUCCGUUAGAGGCUUCCUCCUUGCAGUCGUCUGCAAUAUUGCCAAGUUUACAGAAGUGAAGAUGCUAGCGAAACCCAACAAGUUUGGAGAUACCGAGGUUUACCACGUGCCCAGUUACAACGUGACACUUGUCAACUUCUGGGCGCAGUUCCUAGUCGCGAUUGACAGGAGCAACCAGACUCUUGCCAGGUUCGGCAACACCAAGCCUGCGCUACAAGACACUGUAGUGAACCUACAUAAGCUGGAGCCGUCCUGGGCGGCAAAACUCGACUUAAUCCACGUCAUCGUGUUGCAGACUGCCACAGACUGGCCGGCAGGGCGUGGCCUUAUGCGGCGGUACUAUGCUGACGCGAAUUGGAACGCCAUCAAACCGGCUCCUUCAACUUAUCAAGCAUACGAGAUCGGCAUGAGGACAGUGUACAACGCAUUCGCAGGGCGCAACAAGAGGGGGAAGCCCUUCCCAGUGCCCUACUUCCUCUCAGCCCCACCUCGCCUCAACGGCUGCCAGAACGUCUCUUCCCUCAGCUCUCCACAGCAGUGCCCUACUUCCUAUCAGCGCCACCCCCCUCGUCUCAACGGCUGCCAGAACGUUUCCUCCUCAGCAGCCAACAGCAGGUGCGUGCAGAAUGACAGGUGGGGGGUUGUGACUAGCACUCUCCCCAUAGGUCAUACCCUUCCCAGUGCCCUACUUCCUCUCAACGCCACCUCGCCUCAACGGCUGCCAGAACGUCUCUUCCCUCAGCAACCCACAGCAGGCUCUUUCACUCGGCGCCUCAACGGCUGCCAGAACGUCGCUUCCCUCAGCAGCCCACAGCAGGUGGAUGCCGCAUGGAAGGUGGGUUGUGCAGCAGUGACAGAAGCUGGGUUGGUGUAUCUGGCACCCCCCACACUUCCUGCCCUACUUCCUCUCUGUCCCAUCUCGCCUCAACAGCUGUCAGAACGGCACUUCCCUCAGCAGCCCACAGCAGGUGGGUGUGCAGCAUGGCAGACGGGUUGUGCAGCAGUGGCAGAAGCUGGGUAG